UAAAUUCAUUUUGGCCCAAAACCACUUUCCCACCAUCUACUCCGAGUCUCGUUCCAUCGGAGGGUCACCGAGUCAUCUCUCUCUCUCUCUCUGCUACUUCACAUCAUCAACCAUUUCAAACCCAAACCCUGGAUCAGAUCUGAGCUUGAUCCGAUCCCACCAUGUCCUGCCUAGCGCUCUCUCUCCAACCCGCCAAUGGAUCCGAUAUCCUGCUCCAAACCCGAGAAUGGUUCCCGCCGGCCCGAGCUCUCGUCGCCGUCUCCUCCUUCCGCCAAACCCGCCUAGCCUUCGCCGUCGCCAAACAACAACAACUCCACACCCCCAAAGACCAGCAACACAACAACUCGGAAUCUUCCUCCUCCGACGCCACCGCCGACUCCAUCGCAUCCCUCGGUGACGACCCACUCGCCGCCUCCAGCGGCCAGCUCAUAGUCGGCGUCGAAUCUCGGUACCGAGUCGUCUACCGCCUCGUCAACUCCAUCUACGUCCUCGGCGUCACCACGGCCGAUCAUGACAACUCGAUCAACGUCUUCGAGUGCAUCCACAUCGUCAACCAAGCCGUCAGCGUCAUCGUCACCGCUUGCCGUGGUGUCGAUGUUACUCCGGAGAAGCUGGGUCGAAAGUAUGCCGAGAUCUACAUGGCUCUCGACAUUGUUCUGAGAGGUGUCAGUAAUAUUCGAUUGGCGGCGAUGCUUUCGUCGAUGCACGGCGACGGCAUUGCGAAGAUGGUGCACUCGGCCUUGGAUACUGAGAACAAGAUUCGUGGGGCGGAGAAUUGGAGAGCUGUUGAGGCGCAUUCCGUCGAACACGAGGUGGGCAUUGAGGCGUUCAACAAUUUGGGGUUUGAAUUGCCCCCGGAGACAAUAGCUGCUGGAGAUGAGGUGGCGGCGAGCUUGGCGCCGGUGGUGCAGAGUGAGGAGAAGGAUCUGAAGUUAGAGAAUGAGGAAGAGACUCAAGUAGAGAAAGACCCAUUUGCUGCGAGUGAAAAGAUUAAUCAGCCUGAAGAGUUGGUGAGUGGGUUCAAGAAGAAUAAGGAUCCUUCGGCCACGGACUUAACACUGGCGUUGGCGACACUGGAAGUGACGACAUUGCCCCCGGCAGAGGCGACCCAGUCUACUCAUAUUGCUGUUGAAGGGUUUGAAGGGGAGUAUGGUGGGAUUGAAUUUGGGCUUGACCAGGCUUCUUUGGGUGAGACUUUUGAAGGGUUUAGUGAUGCUUGGGGUGGUGGGCUGGAUGCUUCCGAGUUUGUUGGAACAAAGAAGGUUGCGAAGAAGGAAGGGCUUGGCGGGCUCGAGUUGUUGCAGACCGGGCCAGAUGCUCCGAAAACUGCUGAUGCGGCUGCAGGAGGUGCGGCAGCAGGCAGUCCUCUUGAUACCCUUGUGAAAAGUGAAAUGAAGGGUCCUGAGAUGCACAUUGUGGAAGAGAUCAGUGCUGAGUUUAGAGAGUCAUUGCUUGCUAGAGUAGGAUUAAUGGGUGUUGUUUAUUUGAAAACUUUGCCAACCAAGACUAGUGGUGAUAAAGAAACCGAGUUUUCAUUCCGGGUUGAGGGAACCAGUGCGGUUAAGAGGUUUAUUAUGCAGAAUUCUCGAGUUAGUAGUCUAGGCAAUGGGAUGUUUCAUGUAAGGACCGCAGCCUCAGAUGAGCCUUUACCCGUCUUGAAGUAUAGUCUGCUGCCUAGGUUGACACCAUUGCCCUUGAGGGUUCGCCUUGUGCAACGCCAUACAGGGAGCUUACUUUCUGUGAUGAUACAAUAUGUGUCAAAUCCUGAUCUGCCAGCGCCUUUGACUGAUGUGACAUUUGUUUUGAAACUCCCCCUUGAUCCUACAUUGUUGAAGGUGUCCCCGAAAGCUGUAUUAAGUAGGUCUGAGAAAGAACUGAAAUGGCAUGUCCCUGAGAUUCCGUUGAAUGGAUCUCCGGGUAGGUUGAGAGCAAGGAUGCCUGUGGAUUCUAAUGAAGGAGAUGGCAGUGAGGACAUUGAAGUUAUUGCUCAUGUGAAAUUUUCUUGGCAAGGAAACAGAUCAUUGUCCGGAGUUUGUUUGCGACCGGCUUCCGAGGGUAAUACAGAUUUUUAUGAGGUUAAUCACAGGUAUGAGAGUGGGGUAUAUAUGUGCAAUUGACGCAUGAUGAAAUCACUGUUGCAUUGUAGAGGGUUGUGCCUCUUUUUUCUCUGUUUAUUUUGAGAGAUUUAUGUUGAUUGUAUGUUGUUGUAGCAUUCUUUGAUAAUGAGCUUGUAGCUUAGAUUAUCAGUCAUGUGAAAGCUUUGUGUUUUUGUGUAUUGGCUUUUCAUUUGUGUGAAUGGAUAUACAAGUUUCUCUUUACAUGCUUUCUUCCAUCUUUUGGUUUAUUACUUUCACUAUCAUAUGGACAUGCAGGUUUUGAAACAUAUUUGCUACAUAAGACAAGCACUUGGUGCUACAAGAAAAAUCUAAAAUUAUGAUGAUAAAUAUAAUUUGAAACCAAAACAACUGCAUAGUUAGCAAAAAUCAUAUAAAACCAAAAGCUAAAGGCUGCUAGAGAUAUAUAAAAGCUGGAGGGCAAAAGAAGGCCGAACCCUGUUGUUUUGUUGAAACUUUUGCAGUGUCACUUAUGUUUGCAAACAUGUAGGUAAGCUGUAUCUUAUUCCACAGCCACAAAACUACUGCAGUUUGCCGUACCAUUCACUGCUUUCACUGUGCUUGCAGAGAUUUAGAAAAAACCAAACAAAAAGAGGAAAAAGGCCUUUUUCAUUGAUUUUCGUUGUGCUUGUAUUGGAAUGCAUCUGCAAUUUCAUCUUCAUAAUUCACCCUUUGGCAAUUGUUUUCAAUUUUUGGGUAAAUAAUAAAUUAAUUGUAUGAUAAUUUUUUAUAUAUUUAUUUUAGAGUUUGUAGUUGAAGAAAGUGUGGUGUUUUAUCAUAUUGAUGUUAAUAAAACAUGGAAUGAAUUCUGGUUUUGGCACAAAGAAUUGUGUUUAUAUGUUGGCUUCGUCAGCUGAGUUGAGAAGGCAACAAUUUUGUAUAAGGUCUCUUGUAGCUUAGAUUCACAAGUGGAACCUUUAUGGAGGCUGAUGCUGAGAGCGUUUUGAGGGUAAUCACUCCAUCCUUGAUCCCAAUAAUAGACACACGGGUCAGGCUGAUCUCAUGGGAGUCGGGACACAAGUAAGACGUACACGAUUGUUGGCAUUGGAUACUUGAGGGAAGCUUUGUGACUGCACAAACUUCUACCCAGUUCAAUUUUGGUUCCCUAGCUAUUUUUGCUGGAGGGAGAGCCUCAUACAAAGUUGAUGUUCCUACUUUGGAUCUACGUGGAUGAAGGUGCACCAUAAUUUUCAUGUUUUUCAUGCAAGAUCCAAAAGAUCCAGCAUGCAACCAGUCAACCAGAGCUGACGUCGACAUCAAGUGGUUGAAGCUGAAAGAAGUGGAUGAGGUUAGGCGGUUGCCUAUGAAAGGAGUUUCUCACUUAUGAAGGGAGUUUCUCAUCAAGUGAAAGGGCCUUGGAGACAGAGACUAAGUGAGAGAAGGAGAUAUACUUGGAGCAGUUUAAGAAAAAGAUUGAAGACUUCAAGAAGAUGUAGUCAUCGUGAGCGCUGACAUCUUAAGUGGGGAGAAUGUUAGGGGUCGCUUUGUAAUGCCACACACCAUGCUUGUCCAAGUCAUUAGUCAAGCCCAUAGCCGCUUGAUUGUGCGUGGGAGUAUUUUGGUAGUUAGCAAAAUAUUUUAUUUUCUUGUAUUUGGUCAUUAUAAGUUCUCUUCAAGCAUUCUGAUGUUUCCUUUCCUUCGGUAACUUAUGAAAAUGCUCAUCAUGCUACUUACAAGGAGUGAAUAGUUGGUGGAAUGGUGAGCUAGUUCACUUGUAUAGGUAAGCAUGCUUGCCAUCAAUAGAAGAGAAGCAUUAUACAGUCA